GCAUGACGACUAACAAUGUAUCCUCAAGCACAGUUGCUUGUGUUUAUGCGACGAGUGGGAACUUAUUGCUCGGCGCAAUGGCUAGGAAAGGUAAAUUUCAAGUCACGAAAUAUGGGUCGUGGAGUUAGUGCUGGUGGGGGACAAAGUUCUCUGGGCUACCUUUUUGGCAGUGGAGAGGCACCAAAACCCACUGAACAUAAUGGAGGAGCUCCAACCAGGGUACCUGACACUAGUAAUGGAACUUCUCACAGGUCUACUGCUUCUGUGCCACAAGUAGAUGUCACUAAGCAGAUUCCAGCGGGCAUUCAGGGGAGCCAGGCAAACAACUAUUUCCGCACUGAUGGUCAAAACAGUGGCAACUUCAUCACGGACCAGCCUUCGACUAAGGUCCACACAGCCCCUGGCGGUGGAUCUUCCUUGGAGGCAGUGGCAAUGGCAAUUGAUGCGCCAGAUCCUCAUUGAGUAAUCAAUUACCUAGCGGGAAUUUCUCUUGAAGUAGAUGCUGCCUUAGUUAUGAAAGCACGUAUUAUAUAGUUAUACUCAUUUUCUGGAUUUUACCCAGCUAAUCAUGACUUCUAUACUAACUUCAAUGCACGGGCUGCCUCAUGCCCAACGAAGCAACUAAAUUCUCAGUUUGUUGAUCGCGGUCGCGACCUUUUUGACUUUGGCUUGGCAAAGCUAAUACUGAAAAUAUAUAACUUCUAGUA